AACAUAACGAGUCCGUGUCAGUAGACAAUCGGACAGCCAUCAGUAAAUAUCAGCACGCCGAGCUGGGCCACACCACAGCACAGGAUAUCGUCCGACGGGUCCGACGGCGGAACGGUGAAUUUUGUUGAUUCGAUCGAGUUUUCCACGCGCGCGCGCACUUCUCAGCCAAUUGUGAUCGAUUGAAAUGUGAUCGUCGAUCGGAGUCGGGACGACGACGUUGGUGACGAAUUGAUUGAGAAUUUUUUUUUUGUUGCUGUUGUAUGUUUUGCCUUUGUUGUGGUUUUGUUUCCCGUUGCAGCAGUGUGACAGUUGCAACCUGCUGGCCCGAGAAAGCGUGUGAUUUAUCGGGAAAAGGAAAUUCGAGCGUUGGAAUCGUCGUCGAUCAUCGUCACUUUAUGGAGUGCGCGAAUGUGUGUGAAAAUUUUCUGCUCCAGUUGCUGCUGAGAGAGAAGGCACAUUUGUCCGUUUAUUAUUUAUGGUUUCAAAUAUUGGAGGCUUAGUGCGAGUGCAAGUGGUUGGUCUCUGGUUUGCUGCGGGGGCGGGAAGAUUGAUAUUUUAAAUGGAAUGACAGUUCGAGUUAUUGCUGCUGGCAGUUGGGUUGUUUGAGAGAUAAGAGGAAGAAAAGUAUGAUACAGUGUCGUGCCAGGAAUGACGAAAUGCGGUCACAAAACGAUCGAGAUGUUUUAUUAGCCCCAAAAAAUGAGAGGAAAUAUUUCACCGAAAUUAUACGUUUUGAAUUUGUGGUAGCCGCGCCGAUGUCUUAAAGGAUGCUGGUCGUUUUCCACCGCUCUGCCUGCCUGCCAGCGAAACAGACACCACAGUGGAACGAUCCGAUCGGGAAGACAAGCUCCAAGUUACCGUAAGUGGAUCCGUGGAGCGAAAAAGGAGUCAUUUUUUCCCGCGGUUGCGCUGAAAAAUCGCCUGUGAAUAAAAUAUAAUAAAGCAAACUCAUAAACGCUCUCGACAUAAACAUGUCGCUGGAUAACAGUGUGGACGAGGAGUACAAUUCCAGUAUUGGGGAGGCGGAAUCGAUGGGAUCGCUGAAAAGGAUCAAACUGGAGGGGGACUUGGACAACAACAACACCAACGGAAGCUUCGGUGAACUGCUGAGAAGCAUCAAGAGUGGAUUGGACAUGCGCGUCCGUGGUGAAGAGUGUGGUGUGAUCGGAAGGGAAGGGGGUGCUACUGCUGCUGCGGUGGCGGGUUCAAGUUCAAGUGGGGUCGGUGAUCGGAUUGGGGGUGGCAUCUACGGUGGUGGUGGUAGUGGCUGUGGCCUCAAUAAUAAUAACAACAGUGACGCCUUCAACAAUAACAAUUCAAUCAAAGCGAAGCUUGGCGAUGUGGAUGAGGUGAAAUUUGGCGAGUUUAGCAAAUUUUUGGCCGACAGCGAGAAGGAUGAGAAUAUGGCGACGGUACUCGAGCUGCUGCAUGAAAACUACGGCCUGAUACAGCGGUACGCUUCCGGGUACGACUGCAGCAACGAGAAGUGCCAGCACGAGAACCUGCACGAGCACUUCCACUGCUACGACACGUUCUGCCGGGGGAAGGUGCUCUACAAAAAGUACGAAAUCAUCCGCCAUCUCAAGUGGCACAAGAAGCGCAAGGAGUCCCUCAAGUAUGGCUUCUAUCGAUUCUCCUCGUCGGACGACUGCAGCAUCCAGUACGGUCAGUGUCAGCACAACCACAAGCACACCCACUACCACUGUGUGCACGAGAGCUGUGAUAAGGUGUACAUCAGCACGAGCGACGUUCAGAUGCACGCCAAUUACCACCGGAAGCACGAAGCUAUCGUUAAGAAUGGAUUUCAGCGGUUUCGAGCCACCGAAGAGUGCAACACGGAUCAUUGUGCGUUCAAGGCACAGAAGACGACUCACUUCCACUGCAGGCGCGAGAAUUGCAAGUACACCUUCAAGAACAAGGCGGAUAUGGAAAAACACAAAACAUACCACCUCAAACAUGAGACACUGCUGCGCGAGGGCUACAAGAAGUUCCUCAAAUCGGAGGAUUGCACGUACCAAAAUUGCCGGUUUUCGCGAGUUUGUAACCACAUCCACUGUAUGCACGAGAACUGUCACUAUGUGCUGCACUCGAGCGGACAACUUUUGAGCCACAAACGCAAACACGAACGAAUGGACACCGAGGUGGACUAUCGGAGGUUCCAAAUGGCGAAAAAUCUGCUGAACAAAUUCAACAUGUACAAUCGAUCGGCGGAAGUCCCCGCAGGGGACAAAGAUGAAGAGGAACCACCGAAAUCUCCAUCAGUUGAUGAGUCAGCAAGACAUCCGAUGUUGGCUUUGUUGACGGUGAUGUCUGAGCUGACGUUCAGAAGUCUUCCGCUCCAAAUGAUGCUACACAUGAGGAUGCAAAUGCUCCAGAACAUGAGCUAUGAGCAGGUUCUAGCUGCAGAAAAUGCAGAAAGUUUGAAAAGGUUGACGGAGAGUGGAUUGGGAGAGGAAUACUUCGAGCAGCUGUACAAAUUCAACGAACAAAUGUGCCAUUUGAACGAACGUGCCAUGAUGGAUGCGAACUCAGCAAUAUCUGAAUCGAGCAUGCCCAGAAACAUCAAUGGAAGUCACAAUGAUCAAUCCCCUCUGAAGCGUAAGCUCGAAGAUGGCGAGCCAGGUCCCUCGGUCGUGAAUCAGGGAUUGCCUCUUUUCUUCCCAAAAGAUGUCACAUCUCCCCCGCUGAAAUCGAAAUUACUGUCCAAUCCCUCGAUCGAUUAUCGGUUGUUGAAGAAAGACGAUUCCGGGCUGGGAGAUUCAUCAUCCGAAGCGAGCGCCUCACAGACGGAUCGACAGAAGGCUGCCAAUUUUCUACAAUUUUCCUCGAGUAAAACGUUGUUCAAUCGAAAACGGGGGCGCCCUCGGAAGAAUCACGUGAUGGAAGUUUACAACAAUGUCCAGGAUUCCCCGCAAGCCAUCUUCACCAGCUUCAAGCUGGAGAAGAACGACUCCAAACAAGUGGAGCACCAAAAGGAGCACCCAGUCGAGACGCAAUCGGAACCGAAAUUCGGUAAAGAUCCACACGCCAACAAUGAAGACAAUGGCAGAGGUAGAAAAUUUUCCGGUGCAAUAAGCCCCCCUUCGAGAAUGUUUUUCCCACUGGAACCGGCUUCAAUGCCUCUGCUGGGAGCGCCCGAUUUCGGAGGCUUUUCUCAGAUUCUGGAGAAACACAUGCGCGAGAUUAAGAUAGAACCGAGUGCGACUGUGACUCAUGAGCCGGAGCCGUCUGGCAGAGAAAAGCUACGCAACCAACUGAAAUGCGUUGUGUGCCAUAAACUGUUCGAGACAUUUGCCGACAUCAAAGAGCACGAGUGCCUAGCGAAGGAACCGGAGAAACCCCUGCUGGCGUUUCCACCGGGGACACUGGCAUUGCUGCAUCAUCAUCCUGCUGCAAUCUUCCGAGGCCAGACAUACCAGACGGAGGUGGAGCCAAGCCGGUUGAUGUAUCAACCUCAAACUGCUGCUGCUGCUGCUUCGGUCGGUCUGCCUCCGACAGCUGCGACCAAGGAGUCUCUCUCGCUUGUUAAGACUACCGGGACCUACUUUCCGGACGUGAAUGCGAACAAGUUGAAAUAUUAUUGAGAGGAGAACACUCGCAAAGUCCGUCUUCGGGACGGUUACAUUCAGGGAUUAUAGUUUGUUUGUAACAAUUGUACAAUUAGUGUACAGUAUUUUACGAUAAGAGGCUAAUUUGUAUCAUAUUUUCGAAGAUAGUGAAUUUUUCAUAUUGUGUCAUAACCGCAGAAGGGGAGGAAAACCGAAUGCCAUAGUUUGUGGUGGCCAUAAAUAGUGUUAAACGGAUUUAAUCGUUCCCAGCGAGGACAAGUAUUAGAGAUGUGUAUAUUAUUAAUCUAGUGAGAGUCAAAAGUACUACUACAAUCGAGAUAUUAAGCAGAGAUUUAUAGUGAUCUGAGGCCUUCAUAAAUACCGUAAUUUCAGUAGAAAUUUUUCAUGUACAUAAAUUCUCGUGAGAAGAAUACGUUCACCCUCUAGAAU